GAUGUGUCGCAGAUUUUAAAAAGUGAGGCAGGCAGGCGGCAGGAGUUUGCUGUGAGGGGAGAGCGAGAGCUGAGCGCACGAAAACAAGCGUCCACACCGGCAGCCAGCGGCACUUCCUCUGCUCUCUCCUCCUACUGAACUGUUGUUUUUAUUUGAUUAUUUUUUAUUAUUUCCGCGCUUCGACAUUAACAAGCUGCUUGGUCCUGUUCGGAAGGUGCGAGGCAGCGCGCGACGAUGGAGCUGUCAUCAAUAGGAGACCAAGUAUUUGCAGUUGAGUCCAUAACAAAGAAAAGAGUGAGAAAGGGUAACGUGGAGUAUUUACUGAAGUGGCAGGGAUGGCCCCCGAAGUACAGCACUUGGGAACCAGAGGACAACAUUUUGGACCCUCGCCUGGUCCUGGCCUAUGAAGAGAAUCAGGAGAAGGUCAGAGCUCUGGCCUAUCGCAGGAAAGGUCUCAGACCCAGACGGCUCGUCCUCCGGAACAUCUUCGCCAUGGACCUCCGCAGCGCCCACAAAGUCUCAGAGAAGCCCUCGUCUCGCCUGCGCCUCUCCCUCACCAGGUCCAUGAGCACCGACGUGGACCAGGUGGAGCGUGGAGGGAUGUACCGCCACCCCAACAGGAGGAGGAGCAGGCAGAGGUUAAACAGGAGUCUGACAGAAGACCCUGCAAACAAACCCAUGUGUCCACAAAGGAAGAAGGAGGAGGCCAUGGAGGAGGACUGGGACGGCACCAGCGAAGAAGACAAGCAGGAGUCUGAAUGCACCACUGAGGAGAGAUGUGAAGACAGUUUAUAUGGUCAGUCAGAGUGCAGCUCUCCUCCUCUGCUGGAGCGACAGGACUUGGAGAUGGAGGUGGAGGAGAAGGUGGACGCAGACCUGACGGCGGUAAGCACAGACAUGUGGACGGAGAGAUCGGGCGGAGAGACGUCCCAAACGAGACAGAAACAAACAUUUGCGGGCGACGAAUCGAAGGACGGCGCCUUGGCGUCCGAGGCCAGGCUAGACGUGGCUUCUGUGGGCGACGGGUCGGAGUGGGACGGAGGUGAGGAGAGCGUGGAGUCGGGGUGGGAGUGUGUGGAAGCAGAGAGCAGAAACAACACGACGUCAGUGAUAGUGAGCGUUCAGGGGAGCGGCGAGACGGCAGGCGAUGCUGCAGUCGUCUGCUCCGCCACUGAGGAGAGGAAGGAGGAAGUGAAAGGCGACAAUCAGAGCGUUACCACGAUGGCGGCAGACGGUCAGACCGACCCCGCCGCAGCAGAGCAUCCUGGGAAGGUGAUUGUGACGGAUGUGACUCUAAACUCCCUGACGGUGACUUUUAAAGAAGCCAUGGUGGCCGAAGGCUUCUUUAAGGGCUAUUGAGCGAAGAGAAAGAGAAAUGAAGAGAGAUUAAAAUAACCAUAAUUAGACUUGCCACUCAUUUUGUACAUGUAAAUAGUCAUGUGUGUAAGAUAAUUUCACAUGUUUACAAAGCUACACUCAUUUCCUACUGAGUUCAGUGAAUACAUUAUUGCCUUUGAAUAAAAAAUGAGUGGUAAUUUUAUCAUUGUGGCUCAUUUAUUAGGUGUGAUAGGAAGCCCGAGGCUCCAAAAAAUGUGCUCAGAUUAUCCAUUGCAUUCCAGCAGACUAAAUGGAUCUCAGUGGCAGGUUUCAUUCCGGGGGCCGCUGGGUUUACCGAGAGUAGGAGACAGAUGGUGAGACAGCAGCCGAAAACAAUACAGUUCACAUUACUACUUCGAUGCAGCUACUUUUUCCAGCCGUCCUCAGUGCUUUCCAGCAAGACGUCGAUCUCACACUCAGAUCUGUUCUCGGGGCCGGUUUCAGUCGCUCCUCUUUCUUACGAAUAACGUUUUGUAAAGAUGUUGUUCUUUUUUUUCUUCUUUUUGUUCCUGUAUUCGCACAGAGCCAACUGCAUGCCCUGUCAGUCUGCCUCACGUUCACAAAGCCCUGUCCUGUGCUUUGUUCAGGAGGUUUAUUUCUGUCACAAAAGAAACAAAACAAAGACAGAGGAUUAAUGCCUGCCGCUUAGAUGAAGUUCUGCAUUUCAAGGAAGAUGAAUGCACUAAAAGUACACAGUUGUGUUUGCCGUCUGUCUGUCCUUUAACUUUUCGAGUAUGAAAUGCUACCUGGUUCUAUUUUUGUAUUACCAAUUGAUAGUCCACUCUUUUCUCUAGCCUUUGUGUAUAUCAAAAGAGGAGAUAUCAGUUUACACCACCGCUGUUAUGCUGUGUCAGUAAUGUACAAAUGGAAGCAAAUGUACGUUAGGUCAGACUAUAGUGAGCUCUUAUUUAUUGCAUGUCACUUGUAUAAGCUAAACUAACUUAUGUCACUCAAUGUGUCCAAAUCAGUCGCUCUCUGACAAAGAUGAACUGUCAAACAUCUCUUCUCUCUAAAAAUGAAUUUUUAUUUUGACUGCAUUUCCAAUAAAUGUCUACUAAAAUAAA